AUGCUCAUAUUCCUGGCUCUGCAGCAAGGUCUUUUGUCGAUUGCGCGCCCGUUGACCAUCACGGUGAUUGUUUCUGAAGUCACGUGUGCACAGCAAGAUGAAUACAUCAAGACCCAGAUCUUCAGCGCUUCCAUCUUCAUGGCGGGACUGGCUACUUUCAUGGUGACCACUUUCGGUGUCAGGUAUCAACAUUUCUUUGAAAAGAUACGUGUGGUUAACGAAGAGUUACAUACUAUAAUAUAUUUGAAAAACAGUCAAAUGUAA